AUGGGUCUGCAUCCUGCCGCGGCCAUCUUCCGCAAAGCCAAGCAGCGUACUGAAGCACUCACGGGCGUACCGGAGCUAUGGUCUGACCCAGCGCUGGUCGACUGCGCAAUCUGGAUGUCAACCGUGACGUCCAUACCACGGAAUAGCGAGAUCAUCGAGCCGAAUAUUCAAAAGGAGAUACUGAAGAGGUCGAUUGGCGGUCGGGUCUUUGCGCUCGAGUGGGGAGAGAUUCAGCGCAAGCUUAGACGGUUCUAUUACGCUGACUCGCGCGCGGGCGAUUGGGAGAGGGCGUGGAACAUAGCGCUAGAUGAAUUAUAG